AACCCUAUUCCUCCUCCUUGGAUGGUUUUGGCCAGUUUAUUGGUGAGUGUGAUGGUCUCAGAGGUCUUAUUAAGGGUAAAGUCCACUUCUGAGCGUGUAGACCAUUAGGCCAUCUCAAGGUUUACCUGCAGUGUGGUGCCUGGAGAGCAUCCUGAGACAAACCCGCUCGGCAUGGCUCGGACACUUCGGCUGUCCUGGCCGUUGCUGGCCCUCCUGUUCCUCAGUGGACUGCAGUGUGACCAGGGCAGUCAGGCCCACAGCCGCAGCAAGAGGGAUGUCAGCAGUUCCCAGCCUCGUAUGAUCUCAGAGAACGGUAACCUUAUCUUUUCUGCGGGAAACAAUAAAGACAUCAAUUUUCAGACUUCAGGGACAGGAAAAGUAAAAGUUGGGGGUGAGGAUCUCACUCAGCAAAUUAAUCAGAUCCAAACUAACAAAGCUGACAUAGAAACUAUAAAGAACAGCGGCCCUUCUGAAGAGGUUACAAACCAGCUGAAUGAGCUGAAAACGAGGGUGACCACGGUUGAGACUAAAGUGGGGACAAUAGAACAGACCAUCCAGCGCAAGACGUGUAGCAGCAACCCCUGCCAGAAUUCUGGAACGUGCCUGAACCUCCUGGACUCUUUUCACUGUCUCUGCCCUCAGAACUGGCAGGGCCCCAUCUGCGCUGUGGAUGUGAAUGAGUGUCAGAUCUACGCUGGAACCACUCAGGGCUGCCAGAAUGGAGCUACAUGUGUCAACACUCCUGGAUCUUACACUUGUACCUGUCCUCCAGAGUGGUAUGGACCACACUGCACCUCUCGAUAUGAUGACUGUGCUGGAGGGAGUCAGGACCUGUGUGUUCAUGGUGUGUGCAUUGAUUCUGACAGAGUCAAUCCUAAUGAGCCCAAAUAUAACUGCAUCUGUGAUGCUGGGUGGACGUCUCCUCCUGGCGUUUCUGCUUGUACAUCAGAUGUGGAUGAAUGCAGCCUUCCCAACAAGCCUUGCUCCACUAACCCUCCUGUAGAGUGCUUUAAUACACUAGGCUCCUUCUUCUGUGGGGCCUGUCCUGCAGGCUGGCAGGGUAAUGGCUACAGCUGUCAGGACGUGAAUGAGUGCGACACAAACAACGGGGGCUGUUCUACCUCACCUAUGGUGCCUUGUCUCAACACUAUGGGCUCCUUUCACUGUGGCCAGUGUCCUCCAGGUUAUGAGGGAGAUGGGAAGACCUGCACUCAAGCUGACAUUUGCUCAACCAACAAUGGAGGAUGUUACCCUCUGGCCACUUGUGCUUCUGUUACAGGUAGCAACAUCCCAAUUUGCACUUGUCCUCCUGGUUAUGUGGGCAAUGGAUAUGGACCUUCUGGUUGUACUCAGGUCACUGACACCUGUGGCACUAAUAACCCGUGUGUGAAUGGUCAGUGUCAGAACACUGCCACUGGAUACGUCUGCAACUGCGACCCGGGCUGGACAGGACAGAACUGUGACCAGAACAUUAACGAGUGUGCAAGCAACCCCUGCCAAAAUGGAGGCACCUGCACGGAUGGUAUUAACGGAUACACCUGUACCUGCACGUCACAGUGGACAGGCCCGCAGUGCCAGACCCCACAAGAAGAGUGUGGAGGAGUGCUUCAGGGUCAAGCUGGGACCUUCAGUUAUCCUAACACUCCUGGGCAUGACCAGUAUGACCACAUGGUCAGCUGUGCCUGGGUCAUUAGGACGGAUGCUGACAAGAUUCUGCGGGUUACGUUCCCAUACUUUGAACUUGAGCACAGCACCACCUGUAGCUUCGACUUCCUCCAGAUUCAUGAUGGCGAGAGCGCCUCUGCCUACAUGCUUGGCAAAUACUGUGGCACCAACGCUCCAGCUGAGCUCUUCAGCUCCCAUAACUCUCUGUACUUCUGGUUCCGCUCUGACCACAUAAUCAACAGCGGUGGCUUCACUGUUUCCUGGACUUCUCAAGCACCAGUUUGUGGCGGUCAUCUGACUAAUCCGUACGGUGACAUAAGGUCUCCUGGUUAUCCGGGCAAUUACCCACCAAACCGUGACUGCUAUUGGACGAUAGAUGUCGGUCCUGGGUUGCUCAUUACUUUUGCCUUUGGAACACUUAGUCUUGAACACCAUCCUGACUGCAACUAUGACUAUUUAGAAAUCAGAGAUGGGCUGCUCCCAGAGGACGCACUCCUAAACCGGUACUGCAGCACUGGUUCCCCAGCUCCACUGCAGACCACCGGCCCUGGUGCCUGGAUUCACUUCCAUUCAGAUUAUGUUAUCAGUGACCAGGGCUUCCACAUCACAUACACCACUUCUCCAACUGACCCUGGAUGUGGAGGCACCUAUACUGAUACUGAAGGCAUCCUCAUCUCUCCAAACUGGCCUAAUAACUAUGCACACAACAAGCAGUGUGUGUAUUUAAUCAGAGUGGCCCGGAGUGAGACGGUGCUUCUGAACUUCACACAUAUGGAGCUUGAACCUCACAGCGGCUGUGAAUUUGACUAUGUGGAGGUACGAGAUGGCUUAGCUGAGACUGACCCUCUGAUUGGAAAAUACUGUGGCUCUACACUGCCAGCACCCAUCCUGUCCAGUUAUAACCACCUUUGGAUCCGCUUCAAAUCUGACAGCUCAGUCAGCCAUGCUGGCUUCAGGGCUGUAUAUGAAAUCAGUUGUGGAGGCACUCUCUCUGGCUCUGGUCAGAUUCGCACACCCCUUCACCCUGACGCCUACCCCCAUAACAAGAAAUGCGAGUGGGUCAUCAACCAGGCUGAAGGCUAUGUCGUCACGCUCAACUUCCUCACUUUUGAUGUUGAGGACAGUGCUGGGUGCUACUUUGAUUAUGUGGAGGUAAGAGAUGGUGCCACAUCCAGCUCUCCCCUUCUUGGCCGAUUCUGUGGAACCCAGGUUCCCCCUAUGUUACAGUCAACACAAAAACAAAUGUAUAUUGUCUUUAACACUGAUGCUUCAGUCACCAAUCACGGCUUCACUGCAGAGUAUGCAUCUGCUAUACAAGGCUGUGGAGACACACUAACAGAUCCUACAGGCACCAUCACCAGCCCUGGCCAUCCUACAGACUAUCCUCAUGGUGCUAACUGCACAUGGUAUAUCUCUGUUGCCCCUGGCAACAUCAUCCGACUGUCCUUCACCACUUUUAACCUGGAGUACCACACUAACUGUAAUUAUGACUAUGUGGAAAUCUACGACAAUGGCACAGCUCUGACAGGGAAUCUGCUCGGCAGAUACUGUGGGCGCUCAGUUCCUCCCUCACUGACCAGCACUGACAACCUCAUGACCAUUCUGUUUGUAUCAGACUCCAGCCUUUCCACUGAGGGCUUCUCUGCCAAUUAUGUGUCCCUCAAUGCCACCACAGACUGCAGCGCAGAGUACAGAACUCCCACUGGAGUGCUGACCUCGCCCAACUACCCCAGCAACUACCCCUCGACCCGCGAGUGCGUCUACAAAAUCAUAGUGGAAAUCAACAUGCAGAUCAUGCUCAACUUCACUGACUUUGAGCUGGAAGGAGGCUCCAAUUGCCCAUUUGAUUAUGUGGAAAUCAGAGAUGGCGGCUUUGAAACAUCACCUUUAAUUGGUCGAUACUGCUCAAACCAGCCCCCACCCAUAGUGAUCUCACAUAGCAACAUGCUGUGGAUUUUGUUUAAGUCAGAUUUCACCGCCACUGCUAGGGGCUUCUCUGCACACUGGGACGGCACACAGACAGGUUGUGGGGGAACUCUCACCACCAGUGUUGGUAGCUUCACAUCCCCUAACUACCCUCUGCCCUACCACCCCAAUGCUGAGUGCUACUGGCAUAUCAAAGUCAAUGCAGGAAGUUCCAUCCAGCUCAACUUUGAGGACUUCCAUCUGGAGUCCAGCACUGACUGCUAUUAUGAUUACCUCGCGGUCUAUGAUGGAAACAGCACUAAUGAUCGUCAGUUGGCCAAACUGUGUGGAAAUCAGAUCCCUAACCCUAUUACCUCCACUAGAGAUCAAAUGUAUGUUAAACUGCGCACAGACAGCAUCAUCAGUGCUGGAGGAUUUGUGGCCUCCUACACCAGCAACUGUUCAGGUAUCGUCAUUGCUAACAAGACGAGUGGAGUGAUUGAGAGCCAGAAUUUCCCCAACAACUACCCGUUUAAUGCUAGAUGCAGCUGGACCAUUCAGACCACCAUGGGCAACACUAUCAACUACACCUUCACUGCUUUUGACCUAGAGGGCUUGUCACCCAGCUGUAUCUACGACUAUAUGUUGCUGUAUAAUGGACCAAAUGAAGAAGCUCCUCUGAUUGGAAGAUUCUGUGGGAACACACCCCCUCCAGCUGGUGCCACCACCAGCAGCAGCCUUCAUGUAAUCUUCAAUUCCGACCUCUCCAUUUCCCUACCUGGCUUCCGGAUGCUCUGGUACCAGAAUGGUUGUGGUGGAGACCUCUCUGGACCCUCUGGCAACUUCACCAGCCCAGACUAUCCUAACAAGUAUCCUGAUAACAGGGAAUGUGUGUGGUACAUCCAGACCUCCCCUGGCAGCAGUGUCACCAUAACCAUCCAUGAGUUUGAUAUUGAGUCUCAUCCCAGCUGUGACUUUGACCUGCUAGAGGUGUAUGGAGGUCCUGAUCUGAGCUCCCCACGACUAGCCCAGUUGUGCACCACACGCCCCCCUAAUAACCCCCUCCAGGUGUCGAGCACAGGCAAUACCGUCACGGUCCGUUUCAAGAGUGAUGAGUACAUCAGUGGCCGAGGCUUCAGUGCUAGCUGGCAGGAGACUCAAGGAGGGUGUGGAGGACCCAUCAUAGCACCAAGUGGAGAGAUCCAUUCCCCCCAGUAUCCCAAUAAUUAUCCCAAUAAUGUCGACUGCUCGUGGGUCAUCACUGUGGACCAGGGUCAUCGGAUUCUUUUCAACUUCACUGAUGUGGAUAUUGAGAGUCACUCCUCAUGCCAAUGGGAUUACGUGGAUGUCCACGAUGGUCCAGGAGAUUCCUCACCUCUGUUGGCCAAAGUGUGCGGCUUCUCAGUACCUGCUCCCAUUUACUCCACACAAAACGUCAUCUACGUUCGCUUCAGAUCCGACAUCAGUGGCAAUCACAGAGGCUUCAAAGCUGAAUUCUCAGAAGCAUGUGGAUCCACCAUAAUGGCUGAUGAUGUGGGAGGUGCUAUUGCCUCUCCAAACUAUCCUUACCCAUACCCCAACAAUCAGAACUGCAACUGGAUCAUUAUUGCACAGGAGCCAUUCAAUCAUGUGACAUUGUCCUUCACUGACUUUGAGCUGGAGAUGAUAAACAGCAACUGCUCUCAUGAUGCAGUAGAGAUCUUAGAUGGUGACAACAGUGACGCUCCAUCAGUUGGUCGCUAUUGUGGGAAUGAUGUUCCUCAUCCGGUCACUUCAUUCAGUAAUGCACUGGUGGUGAACUUUGUGACUGAUGCUUCCGUAACCAGGAAAGGCUUCAGGGCAACAUAUACAGCCUCCACAUCAGGCUGUGGUGGCAACCUACACAUGGAGUCUGGAGCUUUCAACAGUCCUAACUACCCAGAUGCCUACCCACCUAACAUUGAGUGUGUUUGGACCAUCAUUAGUUCCCCGGGAAACCGCCUACAGCUCUCGUUUGUAUUGUUUGAGCUGCAGCAGAGUACAGGCUGUAAUAACGAUUAUCUGGAAAUUCGUGAGGGGAACUCUACAGGCGCGCUGGUUGGCCGUUUCUGUGGAAACUCCCUUCCAUCUAAUUACACCUCUCUAAUUGGUCAUGUGCUUUGGGUCAAGUUUGUCUCAGACUCGUCAGUCAGCGGGGCUGGAUUCAGGGCAACCUUCUCACAUUUGUAUGGAAAUGACAUCACGGGUACCUCUGGCCAAAUUGCUUCACCCCUGUAUCCACGCACGUAUCCAGUAAACGCAGACUAUCGCUGGACGAUUACAGUCAGCGGAGACUCCUACAUUCAGAUCCGUUUCCUGGACAUUGAUAUAGAGGACUUGUACGAUUGCUACUAUGACCAACUCAAGAUAUUUGAUGGACCUAAUGUUCACGCAUUACCCCUGGGAGUUUUCUGUGGGCUGCUUUUGCCUGGACUAGUAAGAAGCUCUGGCAGCACCGUCACGUUGGAGUUCAAAUCUGACACUGUAAUUGGAGGAAGAGGUUUCCUUGUUGAAUGGACAGCCAUCCAAAACUCCGGUCCUUUGCCCACCAUAUCACCAGGUGCUUGUGGAGGGGCUCUCAUGCCUGGAGACACACCCAGAUUCCUCUUCUCUCCUGGCUGGCCUAAUGAGUAUGAGCCAAACCAGGAAUGCACAUGGGUAAUCCGCUCACCUGACUCCACUGUGGAGCUCAAUCUGCUGUUUUUGGACAUUGAGGAUGAAGCCUCAUGCUUGUAUGACAGUUUAGUCAUCAGGGAUGGUGAGACCAACCUGUCCCCAGAGCUGGCGAGGCUGUGUGGUCGUCAGCUGCCUGGUUCAAUCCACACCACACGUGACUCCAUGUUCCUGCGUUUCACAUCAGAUUACAGCAUCAACGGCCGUGGCUUCAAUGCAUCCUACUCUAAAGGUUGCGGUGGGCUUCUUCAUACAGACAGAGGAGUACUGAGCUCUCCUAACUACCCUCAGAAUUACAAGCCUAACCAGGACUGCAGCUGGCAUGUGAUGGUCACCUCUGGCUUCAGAGUGUCUGUUACCUUCCUUACUCCAUUCCAGGUACAGGGCUAUGGCACUGCCUGCAGCACUGGAGACUAUCUGGAGUUGAGGAAUGGACCGGAUGCUGAUGCACCAUCUCUCGGUGGCCGUCUGUGUGGAACAAGCGUCCCUGCAGUUACACAGACCACUGAUAACCAUCUUCAUGUGCGCUUUGUCUCAGAUGCUUCAAAUGAGGGCAAUGGCUUCAAACUGAUCUUUGAGGCCCACAGUACUGCUUGCGGAGGGACCAUUGAGUUGAAAGAUGGAGAUCCACCAGGGUACAUUACAUCACCUGACUAUCCAUCAAACUACCCUCAGAACAUUGACUGUGUGUGGAUUAUCAUGGUGCCCAAUGGGGAGUCUGUGCAGCUGGACUUUGAGGAUUUCUACAUUGAGCCGAACACUCAGUGCGCCUAUGACUAUCUGGAAAUCCGUGACGGUGUUAAUUCAGAUACUGAUCUGAUUGCUAAGCUGUGUGGCAAUACAAAACCAUCUACACAACAUUCUACUGCAUCUGCUAUGUAUCUCCGCUUCCGCACUGAUCAAAGCGUGACACACAAGGGUUUUAAGGCGAAAUACUCUAUAGCUGUAUGUGGUGGAACGUACAUUGGCCAGAGCGGUACCAUCAGAAGCCCAGGAUAUCCAGACUCAAAUUACCCAGACAACUCCAACUGUGAGUGGUACCUGGAAGGACCAACUGGACAUUACCUGACCCUCAGCUAUUCAGCCUUAAACCUGCAGAGCUCCACUGGCUGUGUGAAUGAUUAUGUAGAAAUCCGCGAGUACAACGCCUCUGGACGCUUGCUUGGAAGGCACUGUGGAAUGAGCCUGCCUUUAUCUGUAGACACUGGAGACAGUUUUGCAUAUGUGAAGUUUGUCUCUGACGGCAGUGUAAAUGCACCAGGAUUCAGCCUGUCAUAUGAAGCCAGCGUAGAGGAAUGUGGAGGGGAUCUGAAUGCUGCUUCUGGAACCAUUUCAUCACCAAACUACCCAAAUCUCUACCCUCACAACCGGGUAUGUCGGUGGAGAAUCACUGUGCCCCAGGGCAGAAGGGUCACCCUCACCAUUAAUGACCUUCGACUGGAGGACCAUGGCAGCUGCUCUUUUGACUAUGUAGAGGUCAUCAAUGGGCUGGUGGCCAACUCCCCUCGUCUGCAGCGCUUCUGUGGUUCUGUACCUGCAGGCACACAGGUUAAAUCCUCUGGCAACACUAUGACUGUUGUUUUCGCCACUGAUUCCUCUGUGUCCAAUGGUGGAUUUAAUGCAGAUUAUUCCUCAGAUGAAGCAGCAGUUUGUGGAGGAGUCCUUGAUACCCCAGGAAACUUCACGUCACCUGACUAUGGCAUUGGUAACUACAGCAACAGUCUGAACUGUGAGUGGCUGAUCCAGAAUCCUAACCACGUGAACUCCUCCAUCGUAGUGCUGAUAGACGACAUGCAUCUGGAGCACCAUCAGACCUGUGAAUGGGAUUACCUGGAGUUCAGACUUGGUGAUGAGAAUGCUGAAUUACUUGGUCGAAUUUGCGGUCAGACCGUCCCUGUGGUUCCCAUUGUGGUGUCCACUCCUCAACUUUGGGUUCAUUUCCGAUCUGAUGAAUCUGUUGUUGACUUGGGAUUCAAGGUCACAUAUUACUUUUCAGAUUGUGGAGGCUACCAAACUGGUGAAGGAGGAACUGUUUCCAGUCCUGGUUACCCAGAUAGCUACCCAUCCCCUAGUCGUUGUGUCUGGCUCUUGGAGGCUCCAGAAGGCCAUACGAUCACUCUAACAUUCACAUACUUCGAAGUAGAAGAACACAGCCAGUGUUCUUGGGAUUCAGUAACAAUCUAUAAUGGAGCGUCUGCAGGCUCUCCUAUUAUUGGCCAGUACUGUGGUCAUUCUUCUCCUGGUACAAUUCAGUCUGGUUCCAAUAAGCUAACGGUGGUGUUCCUGGCUGACCACUCUGUAUCCCGAGGAGGGUUUAUAGCUACCUGGACAACAGAUUCCUCAGGAUGUGGUGGGACCAUACAUGCAGACUCAGGAACCAUCAAGUCCCCUAAUUAUCCUCAGAACUUCCCAGCUAAUGUUGAAUGCUCCUGGACCAUCAUUGCUCAUGAAGGCAAUCAUUUGGAGAUGGGUUUUGCGAGUGAUUUCCAGAUACCUGAUUCCAGUGGGCAGUGCCAGAGCAGUUACAUCAAGGUGUGGUCUGGUCCCAGAGCUGAGAAUGAUGCUCUCUUGGCCACUGGGUGUGGCUCCACAGCUCCUCCUGCUGUCAUUGCUCCCUACAAUGUCAUCCAUGCCCGCUUCCAGUCCACUGAAACAGUUGGCAAAGGCUUCUCGUCAUCUUUUUAUACACGCUGUGGAGCCAACUUCUCUGCCUCCGCUGGUCGUGUGGUAUCUCCUAACUACCCAGAUUUAUACCCUGCCAGUUCCAACUGCGACUACCUCAUUAAUGCUGGAGACCAGACUGUGAUCUUCCUGACUUUUAGAACUUUCCAGAUAGAGGCUGAAUCCACUUGUGUUUAUGAUGGAGUAAAGAUCUACAGUGGCACUUCUGUGAAUGGAAACCCUGUUGCUACUCUGUGUGGCAACACUAUCCCGGGCCCUUUCACCACCUUCGGCCCCAUGCUCCUCAACUUUUACUCAGACUUUAUUAUCAAUGACAACGGCUUCCUAGCUGAAUAUACUGCCAUUCCAUGUGGAGGUGUGUUCAAUGGCACCUCAGGCUCGGUGAGCAGUCCUACUCAUGCCAUUUCCAACUACCACCACAACAUAAACUGCACCUAUCACAUCACUGUCAGCAACAAUCGUAUCAUUGAACUUAAAUUCAACAGUUUCCACCUUGAGGCCUCCUCCACCUGUGCCUUUGAUUAUGUGGCUCUGUAUGAUGGUCCAAACACCCUGGCUCCACUCCUCGGGAAGUUCUGUGGCACUGAGCUCCCCCCAACCCUCAAGACGACAAGCAAUGAUUUAUUUAUUGUGUUCAAAACAGAUUCAUCAGUGACUGGUGAAGGUUGGAGGGCAUCCUACAGAGAAACCUUAGGUCCUGAGCAGGGUUGUGGAGGUUACCUCACCGCUUCUUCAGGAAUGUUUGGGUCUCCUGAUAUUGACUACAAUGGAAAGUAUGAGAAUUACAUGGACUGCUUGUGGACCAUUACAGUUUCCUCCAACAAAGCAAUCAACCUCUCGUUCCUCACUUUUGAGCUGGAAGGGAUGUCUUCCUCUGUGUGUCGAUAUGAUUAUGUUCAGAUCUAUGAUGGUGACAGCGUGAAUUAUCCGCUGGUUGGAACAUUCUGUGGAACUACGGUUCCUGCUCCAUUUGUAUCGUCUAGUAACUUCCUGACAGUGCACUUUGUCUCGGAUGGUUCAGUGUCUUUCAGAGGAUUUAACGCCACCUACAGUGCAGUUGACAGACUAUGUGGAGGAAUAUAUAACGCCACAUCUACCCCUCAGACCAUCACUUCCCCUUAUUACCCCAACGCGUACCCUGCUUUCACCUCCUGCCGCUGGGUCCUGGACGCUCCAGCACAGGAGACAGUGAAAAUCGUGGUCCAGCAGUUCCAGCUUCAAUCCAGCCAAAGCUGCUCCAGUAACUACUUAGAAAUGAAAGACUGGCCUGUGGGAGACUAUGGACAGGCACAUAAGUUCUGUGGCUCAGACUCUCACAUCCCUGACUUCUACAGCUAUGACCGUACCAUGCACCUCACUUUCCAGUCUGACGCCUUCAUGAGUGGCAAUGGCUUCAGUCUGACCUAUCAGGUUGCAGGCUGUAGCAGGGUAUAUGAGCAGUCCUAUGGUUACCUGAAGAGCCCAGGCUGGCCUGCAACUUAUCCCCAUAAUAUCGACUGCACCAUUGUCCUUCGUGCCCCUCAGAACAGCUCCAUUUCUCUAUUCUUCGACAACUUUGACCUGGAGUCUCACCCCUCCUGUAGCUAUGACUUCCUGGAGAUAAGGAACGGCAGCACAGCUUCAGCUCCUCUGCUGGGGAAAUACUGCGGAAGCACCCUGCCCAGUCCCAUCUUCCCCAGAAUCAACGAACUCUAUCUGCACUUCCAGAGCGAUUUCUCUUCCGCCCGUGAUGGAUUUGAGAUCACCUGGACCUCCUCCCCACAGGGUUGUGGUGGUACACUGUAUGGAGACCAUGGCUCCUUUACAAGCCCAGACUUCCCUGGUACCUACGCCAAUGGUACUCACUGUGAGUGGGAUAUUAGGGCCCCCAGCGGAAGAGUGGUAACAGUUUCAUUCAACCAGAUCGCCAUUGAUGACCCUGGAGACUGCCAGAACAACUACCUGAAACUUUAUGACGGACCAGACGCCAGCUCACCCCCUGUUGGGCCAUACUGUGGAGCGGAGACAAAUAUAGCCCCAUUCAGAGCCUCGUCACAUCGUGUCUUCAUUGUGUUCCACGCCCAGUCUGUCGUCUUGCCAUCUGGAUUUAGACUGACAUGGAGUAGCUGAAGGCAAGCUGGAAAAAAUGGACAUGGACACACACACACACAAAUACACACAUGCUUAGAUGUAAGUUUACAAACCUUAGAUUCUCAAUCAUGUAAACAAUAUCAUUGAGUGCAAUGCUCACAAUAUAAAUACUUUGAUUUUUUUUUUGUUCGAUCAAGACAUCUAUUUGUAGAUUUUUUAAAUAUUAAUAAUUAUGUAUAUGAUGUUUUCUUUGGACAAAAUAAAGAUAUUGUUUGCUGUA